UCAGCAGAAUGUUCCCCUUGAUGACCUUAAAGAAAGUAGCUUCCCUACCUAACAUUAGGUCAUUAGGGGAUAGCUGUUCUAUGGCCCUGAUGCAGAAGGGGAAGGGAUGUUAAGAAGGGGUCAGGAUCUACUCUAUAGUGAAAAAGAACUUGUUAAAUCCUUUGGGCACACAUAAGAGUAGUAUUUUUUGUGCUUCUUUUGGACAUAGUCAUUAGUCCUGGAUGGCCUUUCAGGACCUCCUGAAUCAAGUUGGCAGCUUGGGGAGAUUCCAGAUCCUUCAGAUGACUUUCAUUUUGAUCUGCAACAUAAUAAUAUCUCCUCAUUCUCUAUUGGAGAACUUCACAGCAGCCAUUCCCAAUCAUCGCUGCUGGGUACCCAUCCUUGACAAUGACACUGUCUCUGAUAAUGACAGUGGGAUCCUGAGCCAAGAAGACCUCCUGAGGGUCUCUAUCCCCCUGGACUCCAACCUGAGACUAGAGAAGUGUCGUCGCUUCAUCCAACCACAGUGGCAUCUCCUUCAUCUGAAUGGUACCUUCUCCAGUGUGACAGAGCCAGACACUGAGCCCUGUGUGGAUGGCUGGGUGUAUGACCAAAACACCUUCCUCUCCACCACUGUUACUGAGUGGGACCUGGUGUGUGAAUCUCAGUCACUGGAGUCAAUAGCUAAGUUUCUAUUCUUGACUGGUGUGUUGGUAGGAAAUAUCCUAUAUGGCUGCUUAACAGACAGGUUUGGGAGGAGGUUAAUCUUUAUAUGUGGUUUACUGCAAAUGGCCAUCACUGAGACCUGUGCAGCUUUGGCUCCCAGCUUCCUCAUCUACUGCUCACUACGAUUCCUGGUGGGAACUUCUUUCUCAGCCAUUUUGACAAAUAGUAGCUUGCUCAUAACAGAAUGGAUAAAGCCUAAAUUCCAAGCCUUGGCAACAGCAAUGUUGAUAUGUGCUGGAGCAAUUGGACAAAUAAUAUUGGCAGGCCUGGCUUUUACUAUUCGAAACUGGCACCACCUCCAUCUGGCGAUGUCUAUACCAAUAUUUUUCUUACUUGUACCCACAAGGUGGUUGUCAGAGUCAGCUCGGUGGCUGAUUAUGACCAACAAACCUGAGAAGGGUUUAAAGGAACUUAGAAAAGUUGCACACAUAAAUGGAAUGAAGAAUUCUGGAGAUGUCCUAACCAUGGAGGUUGUGAAAACAAUCAUGAAGGAGGAACUGGAGGCCUCACAGACAAAAUCUUCAGUAUGGGACUUGUUCUGUAUACCCAACCUGCGUAAGCGGAUAUGCCUCCUGUCCCUUGUGAGAUUUGUGGUAUGGACAUCUUCGUUUGGCUUGCUGAUCAACUUUCAGCACCUGAUGGCUAAUGUUUUCCUAUUGCAGUGUCUUUUUGGUACAAUUACCAUUCCAGCUAAUUGUGUUGGAUUUUUUUUGGUGAAUCACUUGGGCCGCAGAAUAAGUCAACUAUUUAUCAUAUCCCUAUUUGGAAUUUCCAUUUUGGCCAUAACAUUUGUGCCUCAAGAAAUGCAGAUCCUACGAAUGGUUUUGGCAACUUUGGGAGGAGCAUUUUCUUUUGUCUCUGUUGGCAAUACUCUUGUGCAUGCAAAUGAGCUACUUCCCACUAUAAUCAGGGCAACUGCUUUAGGAGUCAUUGGAAUUGCAGGUAGUAUUGGGGCAGCCCUGUCUCCUCUGUUUAUGAUCCUCAGAACAUACUCUGCCUCCUUGCCCUGGAUCAUCUAUGGGGUUCUUCCCUUCCUUGGUGCCCUUGUUGUCCUUCUCCUACCUGAGACCAAGAAUCAGCCUCUGCCUGACUCCAUACAAGAUGUGGAGAAUGAGUGUUACAGAGGAAGAGUCUCCAGACAAGCAAAGCAGAAAGAUACUUUCAUCAAAAUGACACAGUUUUAAGGAACUCCAAAAACUGGAAUCUGAUAAAGGAGCAAGAUAAGAAAACUAUCACUCAGAUUUGUGAUGGUCCAGGUUCACUCUAGAUAUAGCAAAAUUCUAGAUCAAAUAACAACAUAGCAAAAAGUUUGUAUUAAAUUUAAAAUUUCCAUACUCAACUGAUAUACAAAUUAUCUCAAUAAAAAUUAAAGGAAAACGUAACACAGUGAAAUAAAUCUUCAGAGACAUUUUUAUGACAAUAGACACCAAUGAAGUUUCCAGAUAGGACUUGGAUGAAUCUUCUUCCAAUUAUUGUGACAUGAUGCUUGGGAAAAAUUAAAGAUGGACAAUUUAUUGUGAAAUUCUCAUUAGUUUUAUUCCAUGGCUGUUGGGGUAAUCUCUUGUGUACUGUGUAAAGAUUGUCUUUGUAUUAUUCAAAUGCUGUUUCUGUACCAGCAGAGAUUUGAGUACAGCUGGACGUUGGUAUUAUUAUUUUUAUGAAGCACCACCUGUCUCAGUAUUCUGUAAACAUCUUCUCUAUUACCUUAUGGUUGGUUUAAUAAAGAGGUGAAUGGUCUAUACCAGGGCAUGAGAUGAAAAGUGAGACAUUUGAUUUGGCAAGAGAUAGGAACUCUGGGAAAUAACUGAUGAUGAAAUUUAUCAGCUAUUAACAGGAAAUAUGUUAGAAGCCUCAGAAUUGUGUAAGAAACAUCACGUUAACAGCAAAGGUUUGAAGAAAGAUUUUUCUAUCACUUGGCAACAAGCCAAGAAAAUGAUAAGGAAAUGUCCUCUUUAUUUAACCUAACUCCAUUACCUUCAGUAAAUAAUCCAAAAGGUACCCAAAGAAAUAAAAUUUUACAAAUGGA